AGCCUCUUUCCCCCACUUUUCAAAGCUUUAAGCGUGGACUUUUAUUCAUCUGCGUUUCGACUUCGUUUCUUCCAAAAAUGGAUCAAAGGUUUUUAGUCUUUUGUGUCCUUGGGAUUGUUGCUCUUUGUGCUACAGCAGAAAACACAUCUACAACAGGAAGCCCAACUACAACAGAAAGCUCAGCUACAACAGGAAACACAUCUACAACAGGAAGCCCAACUACAACAGAAAGCUCAGCUACAACAGGAAACACAUCUACAACAGGAAGCCCAACUACAACAGAAAGCUCAGCUACAACAGGAAGCCCAACUACAACAGGAAGCCCAAUUACAACAGAAAGUUCAACUACACCAGGAAGUCCAGCUAUACCAGAAAGCCCAGCUACACCAGAAAGCCCAGCUACACCAGGAAGUUCAACUACACCAGGAAGCCCAGCUACAACAGAAAGCUCAACUACACCAGGAAGCGCAGCUACACCAGGAAGCCCAGCUACAACAGAAAGCCCAGCUACACCAGGAAGCACAGUGGAAACCGGAAACGCCACUGCAAGCGAAGGACCUUCCCCUGUCACAAGCAGUCCAGAUCCCUGUAAUCCAAACCCAUGUAAAGGAAGAAGCACCUGUGAGGCUCGUGCUAAUCUGACCUUUGUGUGUCUCUGUCUGCCGGGCGAUUCCUACAAUGCAGCUACUGAAACUUGUCAGAAGGCUAAAGUUUUUCCUGGUAUCCUAAACUUCAAUAAAAUACCAUUUCGAGAAAAUAUGAAGGACAAGAAGUCAAAAGACUUUAAAGAAGCCUCUGACAAAAUUGUUGAACAAAUGAAUAAUACAUUAUCUGGAGACGGUAGCUACCUUGGAUGUUUAGUUUUGGAAAUCAGGAAAAAGGCAACGAAAAGGACUGAAGUUGAUGGAAUUGAAGCAACUGUAGACUUAAUUUUCAACACAGAUUCAAAAGUCACAGAGCAGAAUAUUAAAGAGACAAUUACGAACUGUAAAGAAUGCGAAAUGGAGUUUACUGCCACAAAGCUGUGUGAGAAUAAUCCUUGUGAUGAAACCUCGACAACAUGCAACGCCUCAGAAGGAGAUUUUACCUGCAAGUGCAAAGACGGCUUCAUAGCAUCAGAAUUGUCAAACAGAGUGUGUUUAGCAUGUCCUCCUGGGAAGAAAAGUGAGAAGUCUACAUGUGUAGAUUGCGGAUUUGGUUACACUGGUAUCAACUGUAAUGAAAAAUGGCUGCUGAUCCUGGUGAUCGUUGGCUCCGUGCUUGGAGGACUGCUGCUCAUCUCCCUCAUCUCUCUGACCGUCAUAUCUUCAAAAUACUCAAAGAAAAGCUCCGAGUAUGAAGAUGAGGAUACCGUCAAGCCGCAUGUCAGCAAUUUUUCAUCCAAGGCACCAAUUGGAGGAAACAACAUAAAUAAGGAUUAUACAUCUCAGACAAAUGGCUCAUUCGGGAUACCUCGGAUCCCGCGGGCCAUAACCACCAGCACCCUGGACAACAGGAGCAACAUGGAGAUGAUUCCAAGCAACAGCCGGCAAAACCUGAUUUCUUCAAACUCUUGGCUAAAGGAGGAGCAAGACAUUCCAUACUCUCGGCCCGCCAACCUCUACGCUCAGGUUCGACCUCAGAGCAACCCCUACAACCAGAACCAAGCUAGCUACAACCCGUACGCUCAGAGCCAAGGCCACUCCAACCCUUACUACAAAGAGUCAAAUGACAGGUUCAAUUAGAGCCGAAUCACUGGAGUAAAAAGGAGCACUAUUUCAUCAUCACUACAAUGCCUUCAGUUCACCAGCUAGGAGCUGUCAUUAAUCAUGUCUUUUUAUCAUGUGAACACUCUAUAUGUGUGGUAGAAAUUUUCUGUUAAUUUAAUUAAAGCCUUUUUAAACAUCUAUAAAGACUUUAAAAAAUGACCCAAACUCUCAAAUAAAGGGUCUUUGUGUGUCUAAAUAUAAUUUUUGUAAAAAUGUUUGUCACACUGAAAUUUACUUGGUGUUCUGUUGAUUGAAGCUAAAAAAAUGUUUUUUAUUAAUCUCUUCAAGGAUUAAAAGGAUUUUUGUCAUUGAAAACAAUGUUUGUCUCAUUUUCUUAAGUUUUUCUUUGUUACCAUUGUCUAAAUCAGCAAAAUAAAUAAUAAAUUUUUUUCUUUUGUUUACUGUAACAAUGCUCUCUGAGUUUAAUAACAUACAGUAAUAAAUCUUGUUAAUUUUGCUUUCAGACAAUGCCACAUUUGUAAAAAGAAGUGCAUUUGUAAAAGCUAAAAAGAGCGUAAAGUGUGAUUCAUCCACAUGAAAAGUGUGGAGUAGACCCAGAGAAUGUUAUGCUGAUUAAUAAACCUAAAGCUAAUUA